GAACAGUUGGCGCCCAAAUUGACAAGCCAGCCAUCAAGAAAAAGAGUCUCAUCUGUUCAAAGUUCAAAUUCCGAUCCGGAUUUAGAGAAAUGGGUGUGCAAUACAAAGAUCCGCUAGCUCAAUUGAGCCUGCCGCCGGGAUUCCGGUUCUACCCGACCGAUGAGGAGCUUCUGGUUCAGUAUCUCUGCCGGAAAGUCGCCGGCCACGCGUUCUCGCUGCAGAUCAUCGGGGAGAUUGAUUUGUACAAGCACGAUCCAUGGGUUCUGCCGGGGAAAGCUAUGUUCGGGGAGAAAGAGUGGUACUUUUUCAGCCCCAGGGACCGAAAGUACCCGAACGGGUCGCGGCCGAAUCGGGUUGCUGGUUCGGGCUACUGGAAGGCGACCGGGACCGACAAAGUGAUCACGACCGAAGGGCGCAAGGCCGGUAUCAAGAAGGCUCUGGUUUUCUAUGUUGGGAAAGCUCCGAAAGGGACCAAGACCAAUUGGAUCAUGCACGAGUACCGCCUUCUCGAUUCCUCUCGCAAGAACGGCAGCACGAAGCAGUUGGACGACUGGGUUCUAUGCCGGAUCUACAAGAAAAACUCGGGCGGCGGGCAGAAACCCAUGCCCGGUCUAUCCACCCAAGAGCAGAGCAACAACGGUUCCUCCUCAUCGUCCUCGUCCCACUACGACGAUGUCCUCGACUCCUUGCCGGAGAUGGACGAGCGGCUCCUGAACCUGCCGCGGCCAGGAUCUGCCGCGAAACCGAUGCAAGUGGACCGAAAGCUGAGCUUGAGCAAUUUGGGAUCGGGCAGCUUCGACUGGGCCAGUCUCCUCCGGUUCAACCCUGCAUCUGAACCGGAUCAAAACCAGACUCAAGCCGUUCCAACCGCCGGUCCCAACAACGACUUCUACGUCCCUUCCAUCUCGCAAGCCACAACGACCGCAGCUAAUUUCGACGUGGAGUACUUAUCCAAUACGCUGAAGAUGAACAGCAGGGCCGCCAUGGAAGAAGAGGUUCAAAGCGGGCUAAGAAGGCAGAGCCAGAACCAGAACAACCAAACCGCCGGCCUCUCAACUACACACAAUUUCAUGUCAUGGAACCCAUUACUCGACCCGUACGCCGGGUACGGGUACCCGGCCAAACCCGGGUUCGGGUUCGGGCUCUGAAAAAAAAAAAAACAGUGGUGAUUUAUGGGGGACUCUGUAAAUAAACUGGGAUUCUUUGGGUCUGACUAACCUUUGGGAUUUGGUUUUACUUAGCUAUAGCGUUGUAGCAAAGGUGAUGAUGAUGAUGAUGAUGGGUUUUUUUUUAGAGGAAUGGGACAAGGAAUUGGAUUCGAAUUUGAUGUGUAAAACAAAGCCAGAACCCCUGUUUUUGUAACAAUUCCACUUGUAGCUAGUACUUGACCGAUUGAGAUGAUAUCGGUCCAUCUGGGAUCUGAUAGUGAAUCGGUAGGUUUGUGGCUGUAGUCGAUUUGUCAUAUUAGUGGUAGCGAUUGAAUUGCCAAUUUGCCAAAUUUUUGUCAUCUCCUCUCUGUCUCCUUUCCGUCUUUGCCUGCUGACCAAAUAAUGCGGCCGGAAGCUGGAAUCAAUGAACCCAAAAACAGAGGAAGGGACAAAGGAGAAACAAAGUUGUGAGACGAAAUAUGUCACUCUCUCUGGUUUUGACUUUUGAUUGAUCAGUUCACAUGCAUGAACCAAAAU